AGGAAUGACAGUACCACCAAAAGCCAGUGCUCGUUCUACUAUUCACCCUCGACAACGCAAUGGUGAUGAAAAGAUGGCGGCGCGGGACUUCGGUCGCCUUGUGUGGGCCCCUGACAUACACGAAGGUUAUGUGCUUGGCACAUUGGAAGACAUUGGCUCAGAAAACAUCACAGUAGCGAGAAAGGAUGGGAAAGGGCAGAUAAAAGCUAGCUAUGAUGAGGUGUUUCCUGCCGAAGAUGAUCCUAGGAAGACUGUAGAUGACAACUGUGCAUUGAUGUAUCUCAACGAAGGCACUCUUCUCAACAACUGUCGGCAGCGAUACUCCAAAAAGCAAAUUUAUACUUACGUAGCGAAUAUACUGAUAUCGAUAAACCCUUAUGAAGAUAUCCCAGGACUAUAUUCGAAAGAAACGAUCAAUAAGUACAAAGGAAAAUCACUAGGACAAUUGCCACCACAUGUCUAUGCAGUUGCUGACAAAGCAUAUCUUGAAAUGAGACGGAACAAGGAAUCUCAGUCGAUCAUUGUCUCAGGAGAAUCCGGAGCUGGAAAGACGGAGUCACAGAAGGCUAUUCUGAGGUAUUUGUGUGAAAAUUGGGGUUCUACAGCCGGUCCCAUUCAGCAACGCAUCCUUGAAACUAAUCCGAUUCUGGAAGCAUUCGGUAAUGCAAAAACGCUUCGUAAUAAUAACUCGAGUCGUUUUGGGAAAUUUGUCGAGAUUCAUUUUGGCAGUGAUGAUAAAGUAGCCGGCGGGUUUGUGUCACAUUACCUCCUUGAGAAGUCCAGGCUAUGCCGUCAGGCCAGUGGAGAACGAAACUAUCAUAUCUUCUACCAGCUAAUCGCUGGCUCACCGAGUGAUCUCUACAAAAGGCUACGGCUGGCUCCUCCUGAUAAAUUCAAGUAUCUCAAGAGAGGAACAACGACAUUUUUCCUUCGACCUGGCUCGAAAUCAAAGAUAUCUUCGGAUCGGCUCAGCGAACAAGCUAGAAAAACAGGCAUGCUGACAGAUUCAAUUGUGGACGAUGCAGCAGAUUUCUUGCAUUUGAAUGAUGCACUGGGGAGAGCUGGACUUUCAAAAGACGAGAUUCUUGACAUAUGGCGUACUGUAGCCGGAGUACUCCAUCUGGGUAAUAUUGAAUUCAUCGAUAGCGUGGAUGAUAGUCGAGGAGGAUGUAAGAUGGAUCCGGCUACCGAAAUGUCUCUAAACAUUGCUUCCGAGUUGCUUGGAAUGGAGAUGUCAGAACUGAGGAUGGGACUUGUGUCGAGGAUUAUGCAGGCUACGAAAGGAGGAGUUAAAGGCACAUUAAUUAGAGUUCCACUCAAGCCCUAUGAAGCUGCGGCUGGACGAGAUGCAUUAGCUAAAGCGUUAUAUUCGCGGUUGUUUGAUUGGCUGGUUGCAAGAAUCAAUAAAUCAAUUCCAUUUGAGAAAAGUGUCAGCUAUAUUGGUGUGUUGGAUAUUGCUGGAUUUGAAUUUUUCGAAGUGAACUCAUUUGAGCAGUUUUGCAUCAAUUUCUGCAACGAAAAAUUGCAACACUUUUUCAAUGAGCGAAUUUUGAAACAAGAACAGGAACUGUAUGCCAAAGAGGGAUUGAAUGUGCCACGAAUUGAAUACUCGGAUAAUCAUGACUGCAUCGAACUUUUCGAAAGAAAACCAUCAGGAUUGCUAGAUUUACUAGACGAAGAAGCUCGUUUGCCUCGACCAAGUCCUCAGCACUACACUUUGGCUGCUUAUGAAGCGAACAAAGGACAUUUCCGACUUGAAAGCCCUAGACGAUCUCGUCUGCGUCAACAUCGUGACCUAAGAGAGGAUGAAGCUUUCCUCGUCAGACAUUAUGCUGGAACAGUAUGCUAUGAGACGGGACAGUUCCUCGAGAAAAACAAUGAUACGCUACACAAUUCGCUGGAAUUUUUAGUGGAACAGAGCAGCGUGGAAUUCAUUCGCAGUUUGUUCGAAGGAGCUCAUAUACCAGAACCUACGAGAGGGAAGCGAAGCUCGAGUAGCAGAUUACAAGCAGCAAGUGUAGGAGGAAAAUUCCGCAGUCAACUGAUGAUCCUAUUGGAAAAAUUGAGGAACACGGGUACUCAUUUCGUGCGUUGCGUCAAGCCGAACUCUUCGAUGAGUCCACAAAUUUGCGAUGGAGCAGCUAUUUUAUCGCAACUGAAAUGUGCUGGCAUGGCUAGUGUUCUGAAACUGAUGCAGAAAGGCUUUCCAUCAAGAACCUCGUUUGCUGAUCUCUAUUCAAUGUAUCAACGACAACUGCCACCGGAUUUGGCUCGGCUAGAUCCACGACUGUUUUGCAAGUGCCUUUUCCGUGCUCUCGGACUCAACAAUAUCGACUACAAAUUCGGACAGACAAAGGUGUUCUUCAGACCUGGAAAGUUUGCAGAAUUUGACCAGUUACUACGACAAGAUCCUGAACACAUGCGUAAACUGAUCGAAAAAGUACGUUCUUGGUUACUCAAGGCUCGUUGGCGCAAAGCCCAGUAUGGCGCAUGGAGCGUAAUAAAAUUGGCAAAGAAAAUCGCUUGGCGUGCUGAGCUCAUCGUACGACUUCAAAGCAGUCUACGAGGUUACAUCACCCGAAAGCAUUUUAAGCCGAGACUCGAGCUUUACCGAAAAUCACUGAGCCUACUGGGCCGUUCACGAGAAAUGAUGUCAGUGAUCAAUCAGUUACAACCGAAUAGUCGUGAAAAAUGGGUGGAGCCAGUACAAGACACCACAAAGAGUCUGGAAAAUUUGGUACAAAGCAUAAGGGGAAGCGAUGUUGACUUUGCUCUUGACCGUGCUAUGCACUGCUAUGAACAAUGUGUACAACGUGUGGACAUGACGAUAUCGCAGCUAAAAAAGCAAUUAGCCGUCGAAGAACAACAAAAACUGUUGGAACUUGAGAAGAAACGACGAGAUGAAGAAGCCGAAAUGGCUAGAAAGCGUGCCGAAGAAGAGCGUCUCGAGCAAGAACGACUUCAACGCAAACAACUUGCUCAAGAACGAAACAAGGAAGAGCGACUUUUUAAUGAGAAUAUGGCCGCUGAAGCGCAUAUUACUGAAGCUUUACGUGCUGAAGAAGAGAAGAGAAUGGCUGCAGCCGAACGAGAACGUCUUGAUGCUGCCAUAGCUAGCCGCUUGUCGCGCGAUGGAGGAGGAGCGAUGAUGGACACGCCCACCACGAGCAUGUCAUCUGGAUCGUCAUCAGAUUCCAUGAAACCAAAAGGCUCAUAUGACUUGUCGAACUGGAGAUAUGCUGAACUCAGAGACACAAUCAAUACAAGCACAGAUAUGGACUUACUAUUGGCGUGUAAAGAAGAAUUCCAUCGUCGUCUACGUAUCUACAAUGCAUGGAAGUCAAGAAAUCAAGCAGAUCGUGAAUCGACUACGCAACGAGCACCAAAUGCAGUGUACGCAAAUGCACAAAUUUCAGAACGUACGAUCAUGGCACCCCAGGUGAAUCCAGCACUAACGAUGCAAAGAUAUUUCAAAGUACCAUUUUCACGUCCUGCUGAUAUCUAUAAGAAUAACAACAAUAACGGAUAUUACAAUGAUAGCCGAGUCAUACAGCAAGGCUUGUGGUACGCACAUUUUAAUGGACAAUGGAUCCAACGACAGAUUGAAAUGCAUCCGAAUAAGACUCCCAUUCUACUCGUUGCUGGCCGAGACGACCUGCACAUGUGCGAGAUCCCGCUUGAUCAGACUGGACUAACCCGUAAGAAGGGCGCCGAAAUACUCGAAUCAGAAUUCGAAACUGUUUGGCUUCACCUUGGCGGCGCCCCUACACAGAAAUGGCGGCCUUAAAUGCCCCAUACUGACCCUAUAGUCACUAAUAUCUGGGCAUACCUUACCUAAUGGGUAAGCUGCCCCGUAGUCUCUCUCGUCACAGCCCCAGCCGUUUUUUCUUCUUCCCCACGUAUCGUACUAGUCCUUCCUACUCCCUAUUGUAUUUAUAAUAUCUGUGAUUGAAAUGGGUUUCGUCGAGUCAUUAUCGGGAUU